AAUGUAAGAAAGCUGCCAUUACCUACUAGGGAAGCGCUGUCUGCGCGAUUGACUCGGGUUGCGGUCAUUCAUUGCUUUGGGUCUGAGAACUGUUUUGUUGGAUGCCGAUGCUAUGGUGGAGAGCCUCAAUUUGAUCAUCAACGAAAUGGAACCGAUCGAUCUUCUGGAUCUCCAUUCUGAUGAUGGGAGAAGAGUUGUCCGGACCUUUGUGAACCCCAUAAGUCCGCAAAACAAGUUGAGGUGCAAAAAAUUCCGACACUGCUAUGGAGUAUUGGUUCCUCCCGCAAUAAUCAAGAAGACAUCGGAAAAUUAUGGAGGCUUUUGGGGGUUCAGUUUUCGAUCAUUGGCCAACUGAUAUGAGAAAGUGGAU